AUGAUCCCCGCUACCAAGCGGACAGUCAACUCCUGUCUGCGAUGUCGCGCGCGAAAGAUUCGCUGCGAUCGCGAAAGACCUGAGUGUCAGAACUGCGCUCGUCAUGGACAUUCCUGCCGAUAUGCCCCUACGACUCCCACUGAGACCGUUCCGAAGGGUAGUGAUGGGCCUUACCAGGAGCUUGCACGGCGACUGAGUCAUCUUGAGCUGGUCGUCGCGCGACUCGCAGGCAAUACUGCACCUGAGAGCUCUCCUCCGGAGGACUCCGCUGUUUCCAGUGCGGGCGAAGUCCACAAUGUGGACAGUGAGCCACGUCUCUUGUCAGGCUCGUACUGGAAGCAGUUGGCUGCACAGCAUCCCGAUUUCAACGCCCUUAUAGACGCAGACCAAGAUUCACAACCAACAUCGAAACGAAUACAACCCAGCCGGCCUUUGAACUUAUUUGUCGCCCCAGACCCCGAAUUUCACCCACAUGCGUAUAUGCCACCGCUACCUGAUGCCCAGCGAUUAUACAAUAUCUUUCUCGACCGGGUGGACCCAGUUGUGCGGCUGAUUCACAAGCCGACAUUCUGGGGGGAAAUGAAAGAAUACUAUCUCCAAGUGGGACAUGAUAAUGGAGCUGAGAAACGAUCGACGGCGGCUUUCGAGGCACUUCUCUUUGCUGUGUUGUUCAGCGCCCUGACCAGUCUAUCCGAGCAGGAGCACUGGGACUCAUCGCCUCCCGGCCAGGAUUCUGCACCUUCAUUAGUCAGGCAGGGAUGUUUGAAAGCCCUUCGGCUCGCCAUUGAGCAGAGUUUGGUCCGAUCAGAGUUUCUUGAAAAGCCGAGCCUUCACUCAAUCUCAGCGUGCUGUCUGUUUUUGUUUGUUACGUGUGAAGAAACAGAUGUCCCAUACCAUUAUUGCUUGACGGGUCUCCUACUACGCGUUGCACGAUCAUUUUCUCUCCACGUGGACCCAGAAGCACUGGCAGAUCGGAGGCGAGCACAAAAACCAGCACAAGCUCCGAUCAGCGCUAUUGUUGCCGAACUUCGCCGGCGAGUUUGGCACGUCAUUGUUCACCUUGACUUCAUGUCUAGCGAAGCACGUGGGGUAGACCCUGAACCUAUUGGCAUCCAAACUUGGCCCACGACCCUUGCGACUGCGUUACCGAGCAAUGUGAAUGAUGAGGAUAUCAUGCAGGAUAAGAAUACAGCCCGUUUUACGGACAUGACAAUGUCUCUCGUCCGCUACCAACUUUCCCUCGGCCUGAGACAGAUAGUGACAACCCCUGUCCCUCCAACUGGGUCUGAUGCGCUCCGGAAAUGCCUUGACGAAACAAUAGAAAUAGUUAACAGACAAUACUUGCAAUUCUGUGAUGCUAGCGAUCCUAUCCAGAGAGUGACGCUAGAGCUUGGCCGCCUUGGAGAGUAUAAACUCCGGCUCUUGGUGUAUCAUCGAUUCCUGAAAGAGCGCAAUGGAACUACUACUGGUAACAGCCAGUGGACCCCGGCUCGAAAGAAGGCUAUGGAAUAUGCGAAAGACCUCAUUUCCUCCUAUCAAAAUGUUUUAGCCGACCCUAAUAUCAGACGAUUCCACUGGCACAUUCGGCGUCAUUCCCAACUUCAUGGAAUGCUCCACAUAAUAAACGAGCUGUCAACGAUAGAAACAUUCGAUUUAUCAAGUGAUAUUAGCGUUAUCUGCAAACAGGCAUGGGAAACAAUUGCCGACGUGGAGAUGGAAUAUGGCACCCCCGGGGAAGAAAACAACGACGAGGAACGACUGUGGACUUUUCUACACAAUCUGCGAGAGAAAGUGCGGCUCCGAUUAUACACCCAGGGAUUCAUCAGCCAAGGCUUUAGUACAGGUUCAACAUGGGAAACCGAGUAUGAUUCCCCCAUGGGCGGUAUUGAUGGUACGAACCUGAUAGAGUCCCUGUUCGGCGGUCAGCUUGCUUCGUUUGGAUUCAGUGGCAAUACUGGACUGGAUAUCUAG